UAGGAGUUCACGUGGGGCUAAAGCAGGCUGGUCAUAUUUCAUUUCUGAAGGUCGUACUGAAUGCGGGGGACCUUUCCAACGUAGAGCAAGGGUUCAGAGGCUGGUCCGAUGCACAGGCACGUGGCUGACACAUCCGGGGGUGGUGGCUUGGCAGCCUGGUGGCAGGACCGUGAGUAGGGGUCUGCGGGGCUCUGACAUCUUUUCUGGGGUGCAUCUGAGGUGGGAGAGGGGAGGAAGUCGGUGAUUUUAUGGUUUGUGGGUUUUGCUUGCUGCUGGAAGGACGCCUGCUUGCUGUUAGUCGGACCGUAAGCUGCAUUCGUCUUCCUCAAUUCAUCCACCCUUCUGAAUGAGGAGGAAGUGUGUAACGUGGCGUGAGGUUGUCUUUGAUGUAUGCAAGCUGUUACUGCGGAGAAAUGAAAGGCAAAUUUACAGGGUAUCUCUCUUGCACAAGCCCAGAUAGUGACACCUCAGGAAAAGGUGAAGGACACUAGACGUCUUGACAGUGACAUAUUUCUCUCUGCUUUAUUAAGUGCUUCAUCUCUGUUUCUUUCUAGUUGGGGUAAGCUGUUGAGUGGAAAAAAACUGCAGAGAGCAGAAACACUAGCAAGUGAAAGUGAAAGCAGGGCUCAAGCGGAUGGUUUCAGAAAGCAGAGGGUGUGACGGCAGAGUAGGAUCUCUGGGUCUGAGCAGGGGUUAGCACUGGUGUGUGGAGUAGGGGGAGAGGGAACAGGGAUGGGAGAAACGGGAGAAAAACUUCUCGAAACUUCAUCUGACUCUUCCCAGUCAGAUCCCACUCAUGGUAUCCAAAAACUCCCAGUUUUCCCGCCAUGGCAGCAGCAUACUGCUGUGCAGAGCCGGGAAGGAGGGGUGGCUGCAUUUAAAAAAAAAAAAAAAAAAAAAAAGUUAACGGGAGCGUUGGGUCUCAUGAAUCUCCUGCAAUGGGAUUUGAAAGAAAAAGAAUCAGGAGUGUUUUUCUAGGAAUAGGCCUGGCUGGUGUUACUGUGUAUAAAGGGCAACCACAGUCUGAAGACAGCAGUGGAACAAGCUAAGGCUAAAAACGAGACCCGAGUCCUUCCUUGCUCUUUGCCCUGGCAGUCUAUGGGGCUGCCAGGCCUUUGUUUGUGCACCGUUGCACUGCAACCAACUCCAGAAGGGAACUCCUCCUUUGUUUUCCCUUGAUUCCCUUGCUGUGAAUACCCAUCAUCCCUGACAAGGCAUGAAGGGUGUCAGGGCCAGAUAAAUGAACAAUCAUUUCCAUUUGCACACUGUGUUCAUAUUUUUCAGGCAGCUGUGAGCAGCUCUACCAAAGACCCUUGUAAACUCCAGUGCAGGUGGUCAGCUGUCCUGUCUUUGGAGGUGGCAUACCUCAGGGCAGAGUGCUGGGAGGGGACUUUGCUGGGGUGAGGACACAGCCAGGUGUCAACCAGCUCUUUUGUGCGUGUGGUACCUUCAGACCCAUCUGUGCGCCCUUGGAAUGGCGUACACCUGGUAUUGGCUUGACGACUUCGAGCAGUGGAUCGAGUAUGGGAAACAGCAUCCGUAUCAUUCAUCUGCCACGGUAAAUUCUGCAGAUCUGGAGAAGGCAUUUCUAGCUGACCCGAAAGGCACUCUGUUAUUCAGGGCCGGUUCUCAGAAAUAUGAGUUAAAUUUUAAAGACAUGGUCCAAAGAAAUUUGUUCUUUGAAACUCGAAGAAAAGUUGUCCGACUACCAAAAGCUCUAUCCCCUCAAUAUGGACACGACAUAAGCCGGUACAUGAAUCUAUCAUUUUCUUCAUGUCCUCCAGAAUGGGACCAAUCAGCAGUGCCUGAUAUUGGGUACAAGUUGGUAGAGCUCAGUUACAGUUCCUGCGAAUAUGUAAAAAUUCAGAGGCUGUUUGAGAAGACAAUGAAAGGUUACAACAUCUGUCGGCUACAGAGGGUCCAGAACCCAGCACUAUGGCAAGUUUUUCAGUGGCAAAAAGAGCAGAUGAAGAAGCUCAAUAAAUCAAAAUGUGUGGAUGAGCGGCUCCUGUUCCAUGGGACAAAUCCAUCCCAUUUGCCAGCCAUCUGUGAGCAGAAUUUUGACUGGAGGAUUUGUGGCACUCAUGGGACGGUGUAUGGAAAAGGAAGCUACUUUGCCAGAGAUGCCAGUUAUGCUCAUGACUACAGUUCCUCUAGGAGUGGUCGCUACAGCAUGUUUGUAGCUCAGGUUCUUGUUGGACAAUUUGUUCAGGGAGAAUCUGAGUACCUCCGUCCUCCACCCAGACCCGACAGUCCCAACAGGCUUUAUGACAGCUGCGUGAAUGACCCAGAAGACCCUUCCAUUUUUGUCAUCUUUGAGAAGUACCAGAUUUACCCUGCCUAUAUUUUGGAGUACCGCAGUGAAACUUCAUGUGUGAUUCUGUAGUGAAUGGCAGAAUCUUCUUUGUAUUUUCACUGAAACACUAGUAUUUUUUUCGUGUUUGUACAAGUUUAGAACUUGCUAAUGUCAAAAUUUCCUUUGAGAAGCUAGAGAACAUUUUGUCAUGCAGCAAACUGAUAUCAAUCCCCUGUAGGAUUUUGGGGCAUAGUUUUUGUUUGUCUGAAGAAGAGGAAACUGCACAGAGGAGAGGAUGGGUGCAAAAAUGCAGAGAGGAGUUUGGAAGAAAAGGAGUUUUCUGAAUGAGUAAAAAUUAUUUCUGACUGCAGGGGGAGUUCACAGAGCCUCCAGCAAUUAGGUGCUAGGUAUUACAUUUAGAAGAUCAGGCAGGGGUCUGGUGGGUGCAGCUCUAAGGGUACACUGCGAUGUGUGACUGCUGAGGUGUAGCUGCUUUUAACUUUGCGUGGGCUGGACUACCAGAUCUGAAGCAGAAGCACUCCUUGAGAAGCCCACGUUAUUUCAGGGUCACUGCACAACCCUCGGUUUGUGUCACUGCUAGAAGGAGCUGUCCCACCUCUGGGUGUGGGUUGCUGCUCUUCUCCCUGUGCUAGUGCUGAUGACUGUACUGGGGUGGGCAGCAUCAGAUGUAGAGCAUUCACCUACUUGAAAACUGACUUAGUCAAAAAGCCAACCAAACAACCCAACCCAACAAAAAAAAACAAAGCACAAAACCAGCAACUGCAAACCCAGAAUACCAGCGAGGACAGUUCCCAGCUUUGCUUGUGCCGACCCAAUAAAGAAGAGGGCAGGCUGCACUGCAGUCUUUGGCAAAAGGUGAUGCUGAACCUACAGCCCAAGCAGGGCUUUGAAUGGUAAAAUGUUGGGGAAUAUCUUGGUCAGUGAGUUGCUGAGAGCUGAGACCACUACUGAAAAUGAAAAGCAACUUCAUCAGUGAGUACUUCUUUGUGGGGAUUUUGCUUGAUAUUAUAGAUCUUCUAAAACGUCUUGCGGACUUGAACUUACUGCUACCUCUGGAGCACCUGUGCACCUCCCAGGUUCUGCAGCUGUGAACAAAAGCAUUCCUUAGCACCCUUUCAGGUGAGAAAUGCUUGCAAACAGGCAGCAACACGUGCCAUUGUCAGCAGGCACUGAGCAUGGAUCUGACAGAUAUGUGAGCUUUUCUUUUUCCCCUUGGGGGAAAAAAAAAAAAAGUGUGAGGAGUUCUCUACCCUGUCGAGAAUGGAUUAAAUAACUUCUGACUCAGACACAUGUGACUGACAGCUUCAGAGUCACUGAGGUGGUGGUGGAGAAGGUCCAAAGGAGGAAUGCUGUGAGUAGCCAGGCUGGUUUCUGUGGAGCUCACUGCCUUCUGUGCCAGCCUGAGAGGUGCUGGGUGGGCAGGUGUUGGAGUGGGCUUGUCCCUGAGCAUCCAUAGUGUGUGGAGCUCAUUCUGUUGGUGGGUACGGAGGACACCUGCUCUCAGCAUGGGAUGAAAUGAUCAGUUGGAUCUUGACUAAUGACUUCUGCACCUUUCCAAUAUGUUGCCUGUUUUCAGGGUGCUGUGAAAGUGCUUUAUCUGCAUCUAAUGGGGAGGUUUAGGGAGCGCAGCAGCUGCAGAACACCCAAGGGAGAGGGCCAUGCUGAGAGGUCAGCCCCCUGCUCAGGAGUCCCCAGAUAGGAAAUUUCAGUGUUUAAAAAAAUAGAAAAAAAAUCCUAACACACGCUCACAAAACUCUCCCGCUGCGUGUGAGAGAAAGAGGAAGCAGGGUAUCGGCAGCUUCUCUAGUCAUUCCUUUAGCAAUCGUCUUGCAGGAACCAGCAGCAACCUCAGAAGAAUCAAUUGUGUUUUGCACUUAAAUAAACAAUGCAUUUCUUCCACA